AUGGCUGCUCAACAGCAUCAUCUCAUGAUGUUCCCAUGGCUAGCAUUUGGCCACCUGCUACCAUUUCUGGAGUUCUCCAAAAAAUUAGCUACAAAAGGUGUCAAAAUUUCCUUUGUUUCCACGCCAAAAAACCUAUGCCGAUUGCCCCCCAUUCCUGCAGACUUAUCAGACAGAAUAAAGCUGCUGGCAGUCCCCCUGCCAUUGGUUGAUGGCUUACCAGAGAACUGUGAGGCCACCAUCGACGUUCAACCAGAGCAAACGCAGUUCUUGAAGAAGGCGUACGACAGAUUAGCUGAACCCAUGGAGAAGCUCCUGCAACAGGAAUUGCCAGACUUGAUCCUUGUGGACUUUGCUGCAGGUUGGAUUCCAGAAACUGCUGCUAAAUUUGGCAUACCUGUGGCCUUUUUCAGUGCUUAUACAGCUGCAACUCUAGCAUUCUUGGGACCACCAGGCGAACUGAUCUCUGGAACUCUACGUAAAACUGCAGAGCAUUUCACGAGGCCACCAGAUUGGUUCAGCUUCCCUUCUCUGGUAGCCCAUAGGCCUCAUUAUGCACCUACAGCGUUCAAGAAUUUGCACAUUCCUGACAUAUCAGGUCUAUCCAGUGGCCAACGUAUUGCUAAAGUUGUACGAGGAUGCAGCUUUGUUGCUGUGAAAAGCUGUAAAGAGUUUGAAGGAGAAUACAUAAAUCUUGUUGAGGAACUCUAUCAAAGGCCUGUUUUGCCUAUAGGUGUACUCCCUCCACCCCCAGAGACCAUACAAGAGAGCCACAGUGACAAUAAUUCGAGCUGGUCUACAACCUUUCUGUGGCUGGAUAAACAGAAACCAAAGUCCGUAGUGUUUGUGGGCUUUGGAAGUGAAUACAAGAUGCCAAUUGAGCAAAUCCAUGAGUUGGCUUUCGCAGUCGAGCUUUCAGGGCUAGCUUUUAUAUGGAUUCUCAGGAAGCCACUAGCAGACACUGUAAAUUUACUGCCCCCUGGUUUUCUUGAUCGCACCUCAAACCAGGGCAUUGUUUGUCUAGGCUGGGUACCUCAAAUAGAAAUACUUGCCCACCCAGCCAUAGGAGGAUGCCUCUUCCACUCUGGUUGGGGAUCAAUAAUUGAGUGCCUUGGAUUUGGACACCCACUGAUUCUCAUGCCAAUGGUAUAUGACCAGACACUGAAUGCUAAAUUAUUAGCAGAGAAAGAAGUAGGCUAUGAAGUUCCAAGAGACAUUGAUGGCUCUUUCAGCCGGGAAUGCGUUGCUGCAUCAAUUAGACGGGUCAUGGUGGAAGCGGAGGGAGAGCAGAUAAGGGUCAAAGCUGCUCAGAUGAAAAAUGUUUUUGGCAAUCAGGAUCUUCAUGAUAACUACAUAAACAAAUUCAUUCAACAUCUUGAAAGGUUCAAAAACCAAGUAUAA